CUACACCUAUAGAAGCUAUGCAGGUCAUUGGACCAGAAAUUGCAAAGAUUUCGAAUUUUGUAGGUCAAGAGACACCUGAUGAUUUUAUCAGAAAAAUUAUGCAGGUUUUAUCUCCAGUAUGGGCCUGGAGUACUGAUGGAAAUGUAGUGGUGGUACCUGAUAAUAUUCCAGCUGAUUUCCCUAUAAAUGCUAAUCAGGCUAUUGAUUCAGAUGUACACUUUAUCACAUGGCUUAACGAGAAAUUCAAAACUAUUGGAACUAUGCAAUUUGCUCUAAGUGGUUUAAUGCAAGAAAAGUUCACAGCCUUUGAUACACCAGAUAGCUAUGAAAGAAAAGUCCAUCCAUAUUUGAUUGGGUUUGUGCAAAAUGAUCCUAAUAUUAUUAAUAUACUUCUAGGACAUCUACCUAAUGAUCUUUUUAAUAGAAUGGAGAAUGCAGGGCCUGCUAAUAUAAUGCCUAAAAAUCCACAAUUUACUCAAUUCUAUCAUCAACCAGAUCAAAAUAUUGCUCUACAACCAUUUCAAAAUAUUGUUCCACAACCAAUUCAAAAUAUUACACCUCAAGCAGUUCAACAACUGGUUCAACCAACUUAUUAUAAAGUCAAUCCUAAAGCUUAUGUUGAAGAUACAUAUGGUCCAGGUACAUGGGCUUUAGAUAAAAGGGGGUUAGAUACAUAUAACAUGACCAGAGAUAUUAUAAAUCACAGUAAAGAUAUUUUGAAGCAUAAUCAGGAUAUAGGAAUAUUAGAGACACUGCCCAGAAAGCUAUAUAUUGAUAAUGAAGAAAAUCGUCCUGAUGAUCCUAUGGAUAUUGAUUAUAUUCUUUAUAAUCUCUCCAGACAACUUCCAGUGGUAAAAAAUCCAUCUCAUGAAAAUACUUCUUUGAAUGAGCAACAGCCUGUUGAGAACACUUCUAAUAUUCAACCAGCUAUUGGAAAUGUUAGUGAACCUAUGUUAAGAAUCCCUAGUGCUAUCCUUGAUAGCAGUGCAAAUUGUUCUAUAAUGUCAUUAAAUAUUGCUAAAAGAUUGGGACUUGAUAUAGAUACAAGUAGAACUACUUCUCUUGAAGGUGUCACUACUGAAUCAGAUACAAUUGGAUGGGUAUACAAUAUUCCU